AGCUCUCAUGACUCUAUCGGUGCGUUGUCGCCAUCUUCCGCCAGUUCUGUUACCGACCUCACCGAAGCAUCACAUCAGACCGCCGGUGGGCGAGUCCCGGGUGUGUCUGUCUGCCUGCGAAAGAGCGGCCGUGCGAGCGUGCGUUCAGGAAAGCACGCUAAAAACACCGAGUGGGGAGGGAAAUAAAAUGCUGGGGAACCGAAAGCCGUUACAUUUUCAUCACUAGACACUUGUUGUAUUUUUUUGCUUUUGGAGGAGGACUGAAGCAUGAAGAAACAUCUCAGCCCCGCGAAGGUACCACUGGAAGUCACCGUACCAGACACCGAGGCGACCAUACAACAACUCAACAAGCUGCUGUCCAACGGCAGCGGAUUCUACAGCCUCCCAGCACAACAUUUCAACGAGGUCUUUCCCAGGAUUUACAUCGGCAAUGCGUUUGUGGCCCAGAAUGUGAUGCGUCUGCAGCGGCUGGGUGUGACACACAUACUGAAUGUCGCAGAGGGAAACUCUUUCAUGCAUGUGAACACUAACGCAGAGUUCUACACAGGAACCGGGAUCACGUACCACGGCAUACAGGCCAAUGACACUGAGCAGUUCAACAUCAGUGCCUUCUUUGAGGAAGCAGCAGACUUCAUCGAUAAGGCUCUGGCACACGGAAAAGGAAAGGUAUACGUUCACUGCCGUGAGGGCUACAGCCGUUCGCCCACUAUCGUCAUCGCUUACCUCAUGCUCCGUCACAAGAUGGAUGUACGAGCUGCCACAGCUACAGUAAGACACAAGAGAGAGAUCGGCCCGAAUGAUGGAUUCCUACGCCAGCUGUGCCAACUCAAUGAAAAGCUGGCGAAGGAGGGCAAGUUGAAGACCAAAUGAUAGAAUGUGCUCUACCCCCACAUAUUUCACAAAUGCAGGCACACUCACUAGUGUGCACUGUUUCCGCUCCAAGUAUAUAACAGAAUGUAUGCAUACAGUACAUCCAGAGCUUAAGCAUGGAGGUAUACAAAGAGUAUUCAAACACACACUCACACGAGGUGUUGUCAGUGUCCUGAAUAAUUACUCCUGCUUCCAGCUGGCUGGUAAAGGGAAAUUUACUGGCGUAUCUGAAUAAUUAAGGCUGUAGAAGAAGCAAGGGCAGCAUUUUAUACGUCAUCACAACUGGUUUGUUUUUGCAUCAUUUCCCAUGAUAAUUAGCGGCCCACCUAAAGCAUUCCAGUACCCAACACUUUAUAUGUCUCACAAAUUCAACUUUUGGAGCAUAAUAGCCCAAUCAUCAUCUGUAAAGAUAGUAAAGUAGAGCACAAUCAUCCUAUAGGUUCCAAUCUGCCAGAAAUACUACGAUUGCUCAUCCCAUUUCUAUUUGUAUGCGAGGGAAUAUAAUAUUUAGGUAUAAAAAGCAUGUCUAAUACCUUUUAACCCAUCCUACAGCCAGAUUUUUGAUGGCUUUCCAGCAUUUUAAAUCAGGAUUAAACUGUUGUGUACCAGCACACACCCCAUUCGCUCACUUAACACGAAACAAAUUAACAUUCCACGUCGUACCGAACGAUAGCAUACAAUCAACAAGAUAUAUCUACAACAAGCCAAGCGUAUGUUGUAGCUCAGAUUCAACAGACGCUACAAACAGGUUCUAUGCAGCAGUGAUAAUGCAUCAGCCCCAUUAGAUGUCUUUACUCUGGAAUCACUGUCUCUCACUGCCAAGUCUCAUGCCACAUUUUGUCCAUCACAAGAUCACACUCAGCCUUGACCAGAGAGACACGUCCGAUAGAUGGAGAGCCUCUGCCAUGCCAACUGCCUAAUGAUGUGCCCUUACACAAGGUUUGUUACCCAGAGGGCUAGCGCCCCUUUACACUGCUAGUUCAAAGAUCGCAUGAAGCGUGUCAGUUACAUCUGUGGAGUGUGGAUCAGAUUUUUAAAAGUUUGGUUUACUUCGGGCUCAGCUUUGUCCUUAAAACAGAAUCAGUUUAGCACUGGAAUUGACUCAUUUAGCUGCUGGCUUGUUUCAGGUUUUAAAGGGGUCAUAUCGUACAUAUUUUUAUCAUUUAAUUAUUUCCCCCGAGGUCCACUUAUAACGUUAGUCCAAUUAAACGGGCCGUUUUUGCUGCUGUGCCUUUAAGACUUCUAGCAUCCUCUUUGCAUGUGAAAGAAGUUACAUUGAUGAAUAACUGAUGGUUUUCGAUAUAGUUUAUGCUGUCCGUUGUUCAAUAACAGCAUCUUUGCAGAUUCACAAAACGGUCUGCGUGUUGAAAUACUGAAAUACAGACAGUAACCGCAGAUUUUAUUCUUAGCGUUAGUUAUUCAGUUUAGGAAUAACAGGAUUCUUCCUACUUUGUUUAAAUAGGCUGGUUUGGCUGUAUUAAUGUGUAAAUAUAGGUGGUCAUGUGUUAAAUAUUCAGUUUUUUGACAUCAGAAAUGAGACAUUUGUUUAGCUUAGCUUCAGUAAAUGUGACCCUGGACCACAAAACCAGUCUUAAGUCGCUGGGAUAUAUGUGUAACAAUAGCUAAAAAUACAUUGUAUGGGUCAAAAUUAUAGAUUUUUCUUUUAUGCCAAAAAUCAUUAGGAUAUUAAGUAAAGAUCAUGUUCCAUGAAGAUAUUUUGUAAAUUUGCUACUGUAAAUAUAUUAAAACUUAUUUUUGAUUAGUAAUAUGCAUUGCAAAGAACUUAAUUUGGACAAAUUUAAAGGCGAUUUUCUCAAUAUUUUGAUUUUUUUGCACUCUCAGAUUCCAUAUACUGAAAUAGUUGUAUCUCAGCCAAAUAUUGUUCUAUCCUAACACACCAUACAUCAAUGGACAGCUUAUUUAUUCAACUUUCAGAUGAUGUAUAAAGCUCAAUUUUGAAAAAUUGACACUUAUGACUGGUUUUGUGGUUCAGGGUCACAAAUGGUCUGGGGAGGACGUUUUGAUUUCUUAAAGCUAACCCAAAAAUGAGAUUUCUCAUAAUAUGACCUCUUUAAAGGAGAACCAGCGUCACUUCAUUUCAAUAAGUGCAUGCGAAAGUUUCAAGCACGUAGCUUUUUGAAUUAGUCUAAUUUCUCUUGUCAAAUUCAAUUGAUGUAAUAUUAAUAUCCCCGGGCCUCUACAUUUAUUAUUACUGAGGGGGAAAAAACUAGAGUACAAAUCGUAGGCUAGAUUAAAACACAAAGCACUACUUAUGCCUCUUUUUUAUAUUUCUAUAUUCCAGAUAUAUAUACUUGUAUAUACGUAUUUAGAUGUUGACAUAUAUGAAUGUAUGAACUGUCCAUAAUAUUUGUGUAUGACCAGUAUCUAUUAACAAUAGAAAUAUCUAAUAUAUUGUAGUCAACAUUCACUUUAUUUUAAAACGCAGUGAACGCCAUACCUAAAACACCGAGUUGUUUGCUUGAAACUUUGAUUUUAUUUAGAUUUCUUUAUACUGUGAUGGAGAGUGGUGUAUUUUGCUUUAUUGUUUGAUAUUUCACAUCGUGUUAGAGGAUCAAAGUCUGUUUUCACAGGUGCAGCCCUGGUGAAAAAACCAGCAUAUGCUGGUAGGUAUGUUUUGAUGCUGGAAUGCUGGUUAGGUAGGUUUUGAUGCUGGUUUAUACUGGUCCUUAGCUGGUUUAUGCUGGUCCUUUGCUGGUUCAUGCUGGUCCUUGACCAGCAACAUGGCCAGCAAAAACCAGCGAAGGACCAGCUUAAACCAGCUAAG